UUUGUUUUUGUAUUUCUAAAAAAUUAGUGCAGCUUUUUAGCUGAAACGAAAUUUUUGUGCAAAUUUUAAAGAAAAAAAAACCUCUUUAAAUAAAUAUGGCCGCUAGCCGGGAAGCUGUUAAAAGGGCUGUACAACAAGUACGUCCUAUUCUAUCCGUUGAUCGUGAAGAGGCUCGUAAACGUGCUUUAAAUUUGUACAAAGCCUGGUAUCGUCAGAUUCCCUAUAUUGUUAUGGACUAUGAUAUUCCCAUGUCGAUUGAACAAUGUCGUGCCAAAUUGAGGGAAGAAUUUGUCAAACAUCGUAAUGUGACCGAUGUUCGUGUUAUUGAUAUGUUGGUCAUUAAGGGUCAAAUGGAACUCAAAGAAUCUAUUGAGAUCUGGAAACAAAAGGGUCACAUUAUGCGCUACUGGAAGGAGUCACAAGAUCCCAAACCUACAGAUUUCCUUUCCAAAUUUGUUCAAGGUAUCAACUAAAGUCUUGUGAAACAUAGUGUAAUUUUCAAUAAACAAAUUAAAACAAAAACAAAAUGCAUGUGUUAAAGUGAUAUAACAAAAGAAUAAAAAUAAAU